AUGGUGGUCGCGUGGAGCCAGGGCGAGAGUGGGCGACCUCAUAUAGCUUGCGCGGGACACAUUUCCUUUAUUUGUUAGUUGUGAUCGCCGUGAUUGUGUUGUGUGAAAGGACAUCAUGCGGACAUUACUGAUAUUAACGCUGUGUGCAGUCACAGCCUACGCACAGUAUGACGGCCCUGCACCACCAAGACUUCAGAUUCCUGGUGCGAUCCCCGUAGGUGGCCCGAGACAAGGAGGCUUCCGUCAAGGAAGACUUCAAGCUGGACAGAUCCCAGUCGCAAGAGUAAGGAGGCCGGGACUCGCGAGACCAUCCUUCAAAUCCGUCGACGCUGCGCCUCGGCCGAGCCUUCAGUCCAUCGAAGAACCCUCCAAACCAGUCACAGAGGAACCAGAAGAUGAAAUAGAAAUCAACACUCCAACCGCGUACGCCAACUCUUAUUCUACACCCGAACCUCAAAACGAUUACUUCGACAUCACCACCACAUCGCAACCCAAACCACCCAGCGCUUUCAAUUCUUCCCCAUACGCCCAGACUACCCCAUCUAUCCCUAAAUUCGAAAACGUGAGGCCCACACAGUACCGUCCUCUAUUACCACAAUCUUUCAGCCCGAACAGAAACGAACCCCAACCAAGACCACAACCAGCGAGACUGCAGCCACUCUCAAGCAGGCCACAGCGCCCGUCAAUCCGCCCAGAGCCAAAACCAUUCGCGGAAGAGGAAGACGUUCAACCAAUCAGACAAUACAACAGACCUCAAGAGCCUAUUCGUCCAGCCCCUGUAAAGAGCGUACCGAACAAAUACGCGUCAACUCACCCUAGGGAAAAGAAACCCGUUGCACAAAUCAUCCGUAAGUUCACAGAUGAAAACGAAGAUGGAAGCAUCACUUGGGGAUUCGAGAAUGAUGAUGGUUCAUUCAAAGAAGAAACUAUUGGUGUGGACUGUAUCACAAGGGGUAAAUACGGUUACGUAGACCCCGACGGUCUCAGGAGGGAAUACAAUUACGAGACAGGUAUCGCCUGUGACAAGACCAAAGAAGAUAAAGAACAGAAGGGCUUCAUAGACUAUCAAGAAAAUAAGGCAGUUUUGCCAAACGGUAUCACAAUCGAUCUCAAUCAAAUGGGCAAAAAAUCGAAGAGGCCAUUUAGAUCACCCAGUAAUCAUUAGAAAAUUAGCUUAUAACAUAUAUUUAUUGUAGGAUUUUAAUUAUAAGAAUGUUUCUCUUGUCAUUUGGUGUAUCUGACACUAAGUUUGGAGAGUGAUGGAAAUAACAACAAUAAAAUUGUCGGAAAAAUUAA